CCCUCUUGGGAAAGGUGUCGGAGAGAGAGGCUCAACCAACAACAAGUUGUGACAAAUCCUUUUUAUCAAGGACAGGGAGUUCUCACAAAACUCAAGUUGGGCGGUGAGAACCAUGCAAGUGAAUGGACCGAACGGAAGAAUCGAUUUGAGUGGAGGUUAUUUUCCUUCUUCUUUCAGUUGAGUCUGGCAUACCUCAUCCUCUCGUGUCUAGGCUACUGCCUGCGUGUGUAGGGAGCCGAGGACCCACCCGAAGACACACUUUUAUGCUGUGAUUUUUCGGUUGUCAGGACUGAUUUAAAGGAUUGGAAAUGCCUGGGAACGAGAGAGUUUGUCGUCUCUUGAAAGAGAUAAUUCAAAAGCCUGGGAACGACGCAUGCGCAGACUGUGGCGCGCCUGAUCCUAGUUGGGGCUCCUGUUCCUUAGGAGUGUUCAUCUGUGUUCAAUGUUCCGGGAUCCACAGGAAUAUUCCCUACAUCGGAAUGAAGGUCAAAUCCCUCAGCCUCUCCCGCUGGGAAGACCAGGACGUAAAGUUCAUGGCGGAGAAUGGGAACGAAUUGAUGAAGCAGAGAUAUGAGGCGGUUGUUCCUGUCUACUACUACAAACCUACCCACAAAGACUGCCAGGUCCUGAGGGAGCAGUGGAUCAGAGCGAAGUACGAGAGGAAAGAGUUUACAGGGGAAGGGAAGAAACGGACCUAUGAGGAGGGAACGAGGGAUGGAAUGUUGAUGAAAAGGGGGCGGGACAACGGCCAGUUCCUCAACCGACGAUUCGUUCUCUCAGAAAGAGAGGGGACACUGAAAUACUUCACCAAGUAUGAUGCCAAGGAGCCUAAAGCGGUGAUCAAGGUGGACUCUAUCAACGCAGCCUUCCAGCCAGAGAAGAUAGGUAACCCCAACGGACUACAGAUCACCUACCUGAAAGACUACAGCACCAGAAACAUCUUCCUCUACCACGACAGCGGCAAGGAGAUAGUAGACUGGUUCAACUCUAUAAGGGCCAUCCAGCUCCACUAUCUAAAGGUGGCCUUCCCAGGGGCUAAUGAUGCAGAGCUGAUGCCCAAAUUGACCCGCAACUUUCUGAAGGAGGGCUAUAUGGAGAAAACAGGACCCAGGCAUACAGAAGGGUUUAAGAAGCGUUGGUUCACCCUAGACCACAGACGUCUCAUGUACUACAAAGAUCCCCUGGAUGCCUUUGCCAAGGGUGAGGCUUUCCUAGGGCACCAGGACCAUGGUUACAGCGCUAGCCCCGGCCUUCCCGCCGGAACCCACUGCAACGGCGCCUGGCAACACGGCAUCACCAUAGUAACACCCGAGCGCAGCUUCCUGUUUACCUGCGAGACGGAAGUUGAGCAACAGGAUUGGCUGAAACACUUCAAUGAUGUCAUCAGCAUCCAGAUGUCCCCUCAGGAGUACUCCAUGGAGGCUAUGUUCAGACACAAGCAUUGAUGGGCCUGUGGCCUGAUGGACCCUUCCUUCUCACAUCCUCCUCUCCUCUACCCAUCUUCUGUUCCUCCUCUCAUCCUCCUCUCCUCUACCCGUCUUCUGUUCCUCCUCUC